AUUGAUAACAUGUGAAGAGCAGAGAUAGUGUGUGAGAGCGCGAGAUACACACAGGGUCUGAGUCGUUGCAGACACAGAGUGUAUUUAUUUAUAUAUAUUUAUAUUUAAAAUAUAUAGAAAAAGUUUUUUUUGUUUCACAUCCAAAAGCAAAGUUUGUAUCUCUGUUCUGGACAAUGGGAGCAUUUGCAGUCGAGCGGGGAGUCGCGCUCGGGCUGUUGUGGAGUUGUUGCCUGGUGGUUGAGUGGCUGUCCGUGGCGGGCAGCCUGCUGCUGGACACGGGCAGCCACAGCGACCUCCACUCGAGCUUUGUGCACCGCCGCCUCAAGCACCACGAGAAGAAGAACAUGCAGCGGGAGAUUCUCUCCAUCCUGGGGCUGCCGCACCGGCCCAGACCUCACUCGCACGGGAAGCACAACUCGGCGCCCCUCUUCAUGCUUGACCUGUACAAUGCCAUGUCCACCGGGGGCGAAGAGGAGGAGGAAGAGGGUUUCUCGCAUCAGUACAGACCAGUGUUCACCACGCAGAGUCCGCCGCUGGCUAGCUUGCAGGACAGCUCUUUUCUCAACCAGGCGGACUUGGUCAUGAGUUUCGUGAACCUGGUCGAGCAGGAAGAAGACUUUACUCUCUACCAGCCACACCGACAGGAGUAAUUUAACCUUUCCCAAAUUCCAGAGGGGGAAGCUGUCACAGCUGCAGAGUUCCGAAUUUACAAGGAGUGGGUCCGAAGCCGCUUUGAAAAUGAAACAUUUGAGAUUGGUAUCUACCAGGUGUUGCAUGAGGAUGCAAACAGAGAUACAGAUCUGUUCUUGCUGGAUACGCGGACAGUUUGGGCCUCGGAGGAAGGCUGGCUGGUGUUUGAUGUCACUGCUACGAGCAACCUGUGGGUGAUGAGCCCCCAGCACAACCUCGGACUCCAGCUACGGGUGCAGACUAUUGACGGGCAAGGUGUCAGCCCCAAACUUUCCGGCUUGAUGGGACUCCAUGGGCCCCAGGAGAAGCAGCCCUUCCUAGUGGCCUUCUUCAAAGUCAGCAAGGUGCACAUCCGAACGACUCGUUCAGCUGCAAGCAAGCGCAGGAACCAAGGCCGUGGCAAAUCUACGUCUGUUCAAGAGUCGCCCAGGGCAACAAGUUUAACUGAGUACAAUACCAGUGACCAGCGGCAGGCUUGCAAGAAGCAUGAACUCUAUGUCAGCUUUCGGGACCUGGGAUGGCAGGAUUGGAUCAUUGCACCCGAAGGUUACGCAGCCUAUUACUGUGAUGGAGAAUGCUCAUUUCCGCUCAAUGCACACAUGAAUGCCACGAACCAUGCCAUUGUUCAGACACUGGUCCACCUCAUGAACCCGGACUACAUCCCCAAGCCCUGCUGUGCUCCCACCAAGCUGAAUGCAAUUUCUGUGCUCUUCUUUGAUGACAGCUCAAACGUUAUAUUAAAAAAGUACAGGAACAUGGUAGUCAGAGCAUGUGGCUGUCAUUAAAGGGACGUACAUGGAAUCUCAUCUUCAGGUGUCCUGAAACUACUGGAGGAACUAAAUCCUCAACAUAUAGCGAUAAUUAAAAAAAAAUCCUUGGAGCAAUACCUCUGUAAAUAAUGUUUACAAUUUUUUUUAAAAGAAAAAUUCUACUUAAAGGCAGUUGUAAUAUAUUUUGUACAUAGUUUUCAUAAAAAUGUAAUUUAUUUGUUUUUGGGUUUGUUUGGUAACCACAUUUUAACUAGGGGCCAUAAUGUGUUUUUAACAGUUAAUGGCUUUCAAGGGUGGAAGACGCAGUGUGUGAGAUAAGGGAUGCAAACUCCUUUAAGCAUUAUGAAAAACUCCAAGGCCACUUAUCACAGACCUAGUUUGGACAGAAACUGCACAUUACGUUUAUAAAACGCACUCCGGACAAUCAUUUACAUUUUUUUUUAUUAGAAAUUGCCAAGUAAUGUAAACUUUUGAUGUAGCAUCUCACAUUUUGUUUAAUGAUUUUAUUGUACAAAAAUUAAGUGCCAACCACACACAAGUUUUACUGCUAUCCACCUCCCACCUGGAAACAUACAAUUCAUUCUCCUAACACACAUGCUAACAAUAAAGGAUGUUAAAAUUAA